CCAUAAAUUUCCCACGCUGUUCUGCCUCUUCACCAUAUGUUACUGCGUUCAGUCAGACAAGCAAGGCGCGUGUGGCGUCGUUCUCUGAAUGUCCCUUUGCAAUACUCGACGUCUCGAGCGACAGUUGAAACCGACAAGUAUGGUAUACCACUUACGCCCACCUGGUCCGUCCAGGAAUUAUUGUCUUCUUAUCCAGCUCCGUCGAUAUCACCAGCCACAUUCAAACGAUUGCAUGAGCUGUCUGCAUUAUUACCACCCGAAGAGGGUACACAGGAAUAUGUAAAGCUAAAGCACGAACUCGAGGAAUUGAUCAAGCUUGUGGAGGCCACGAAGCUGAUCAAAGUAGAGGAAACGGGCAAUGUAGGCAUCCCAGACGGGCGGGUAAUAGCAGAAGGGUCUGGGAUACCGCUCGACAGAACACCACGCGAGAACGGAGAUGUGAGAGGUCGGGAUCUACUCUCAUAUGCGAGCCGUAGCGCGAAUGGGAUGUACGUCGUCGAGACAGAUCGCUCUAGAUGAUUCACUCUUGGAGAGCACACAAGUUCUACAGUCGCGCCCCCAGUGAUGAUUUUGCACCAUUAAUGUAUAAUCAGUAGACAUCCACAAUGCAUUCACAUUCAACAUCACAAGCAGGACUAAACCAACUCGUAAUGAGCAUCAAUCCCGUCGCAAAAAAUUAGGCUCCCUUCUCGUGAUAAUAUAAAGGCAGCAUAGUUGAUACAAUAUGUUACAGCGAGCCGUGCCCACCCGUAGAGCCGAACCCCCCUGCUCCACGUGGUGUUUCAUCGAGGUUCUGCUGGAUGAUCAAUCACAUAACUAAGAACGUGAGUAAGCAAGA